AUGGCACUAACCGACGGCUUGGCUAACAUCAAAGCAAAUGGACACAGUCAAAGACUCGGCUGGGGUGGUCGGGCGGUGGCCUGGAGUGCAAUGGGAAAUGGGGUCUUUUGCAGGCUUCCAACCGGGAUCUACUGUACGGGCCUGAGGCUGCUCACCACUUGCUUCAGCCUCUCCCAGCUCAGUCAUGGCCUCCAUUUUGCUAGGAGCAUAGAGAGGUUGGAAAGUUUUGAGAUUGAGGAGCAGUAUGAUGAAGAUCUUCAGGGAAAUCCUGCAGGAAUCUGGUUAAAAGACGGCACUAAUCAUAACUAUUAUAAAGUCUUUAACUCUGGAGAACCUGCAGAGAACACGAUUAAAGGGAAAAUAACAGGAGAUCUCCUCAUGAAGAACUGCACCACCAUCUUCUAUAACAUUAGAAGGAAAGACAGUGGAGUUUAUUACUUUAGAUUAGAAGCUGCAGGACCACUGAGAAACACGUACAGAUCUUCAUCAGUGUCAGUGAGAGUUGGAGCCUCUCCAAUCAGACCAUUAAUAACACUGUAUAAGGAGGAUCAGGAGAAGCUGGAGGACCAAAAGCAGGUGCUGGAGGGAACUUCAGUGAGGCUCAUGUGCUCAGCUCGAUCUCCAUGUCCCUUUAAUCCUCCCACUUUCACAUGGAACUUCCUGCCUGAGGGGGGAAGACAGGAGCACACUGCGGGCUACGGUAGAUUAGUCAGUCUGGGGUGA